CCGCCUCCGUCGUUUUAUCCCGAUUUGAGGUUGGCCGGGGCGCCCGUUGGCCGUCUCAGCAGGUCUAGGCAUCGCGGAGAGCGGCUCGAGGCCGCCGAGCCAAGGCCCUCCUUGCUUCUGCGUGACAUCGCGGAUGACAAUCUGCGAAACCCGACGAGUCCUGCGAAAGAAAGACUCCGCGGCUUCCGGAGAGACCUAGUUUCGUCCCAUUCGUUGCAGACGUUCUCGUGUACCUAACCUUAAAUUUGAUGACAGAUGCCUGAACCGAGGCAAACCAAACCUGACACUGCUUCUCAUUGAUGUUUUUAGCAUGUUGAGAGUGACCCAAUAACUCCAAAGACGGUAUUUUGAGGGCAUAAUCAUGGUUCUAGAAAACUUGUGGGUUGAUUCCGGUGAAGUUAGUGAAACACCUGUGGACGUGUUACCCUCCUCAGCUCCAGAAAGUAUGUCUUUAUUUGGAACACCAGCCUAUCCUCCAAUCGGAGAAGGUCUAUCUCCAUCAUCACAUGACAGAACAUCCAAUAAAUCCAAAAAGGAAGUUUCACAAACUCGAGUCAAAUCUAGUGAUGCUUAUAACUAUGAUGAAGUAGAUGAAGAGGAUGGAGGUGGAAGAUCGGCUCACAAUGGAGAAGAUUAUAGAUGGAAUGAGGGUCCUGAUGGAAAUGGACAAUAUUACUAUAGUGACAUGAAUGCCAGAAUCCAAGAUGUUUUCAGACCUAGUACAUUUGGUCCCUAUAAUGUUGACAUCAAAUGUAGCAGCUCAACAAGUGCAAGUCAACCUACCUUACCAACCACAAUGCCAUCCGCUCCUCCACCUCCUUCCCCUACAUUUGGAGAUGAUGGCAAUGGGGAUUUAUGUUUGCCCCUUGGACUAGAUACUUUACUCUCUAAUGGUGACCCGUUAGAAGAUGUCAAAGACUCUACCGCUGACCCUGGAGUAUGUGGCCUGAGAAAUUUAGGAAACACUUGUUUCAUGUCAGCUGGUCUACAGUGUCUCUCAAACACUCCUACUCUUUUGCACUUCUUCGUAAAUCGGCCUCAGUUGGAUAAGAUACCCACAGAGUCACUGACUGCUCAGUUUUCAGCAUUGCUACAUCGAAUGUGGAGUGGAGAAAACAGAGUUGUGCACCCUGUGGAUUUUAAGCAUGCUCUUGGAGUCCAUUUUCCUCAAUUUCAAGACUACAGACAGCAUGAUUGUCAAGAGUUUCUUGCAUUGCUACUAGACAGUUUUCAUGAGCAACUAAAUUCUGCUGGGCAAAUUAGCCCUCAUAACCAAGAUCAGUCCCGGUCUUUAGACCGAUUUAGUAAUUCAUCAUUAUCACAUAGUUCUGAAAGUUCGGGAGAGACUCAAAACACCUUCCGUAUACUGCCCAUUCCUUAUUGUUCACCAUUUCGUCUAGCUGAAUUAUCUAAUGGUGCAAAUGCCAACAAUCAGGCCAUAAACUUAUCUUGCAAAAAAGAAAAGAAUGAAUUAGUCAAGCAAGUUAAUUGUACAUCAAAUGGAUCCCACUUACAUGGACUUCAGGAUAUUCUCAAGGAUGCCAAAACCUCAAAUGUCAAUGUUCUAGUUGAAGAACAAGAAUCCAACAGUUCCAUAAAAUUUGAUUCUGAUAAGUUUCCACGUCACGACAUUGCUAAAUCAAAGGAGCUGGUCAAUCAAAACUUAAUGGAGUCUUAUGAAUUUGAUAGUAAAUCGGUUAGUGUGAAACGAAUUAAAGACACUAACAGAACCAAUGAGCAAAGGGACUGUGAAAAUGCUGAGUCUAGUGGACUAGACCUCAAGCGCAUUAAGCUAACUGAACAAAAUAAUUGUAAAAAGGAACUUAUUUGUUCUGCUCUUGAAGGUGACGAGUCAGUUGAAAUUUCUGUAAUUGAGAGCUUGAAACACCCUCAUAAUGAGACCCAAUCUGGAAGCUCCAACGGUAAAAGUGUUGCUGAGUACUCAUCAGCUGGCUCAUCAUCCUCUACGCAUUUGACUGAUGCUGAAGACUGUGUAGCUAUGGAGUCAUUUCCAGACAAUGGAGAAUCCUCUAAUUCACUGAGUGGAUCAAAACUCAAAGAGGAUGUUUUAGCAGAUCAUCAUUGGGAGAAGCACCUUUCUUCAAACCAAAGUACUAUUGCUGAUACUUUCUUAGGCCAAUUCAAAAGCACUGUUGUCUGCUCGGAGUGCAAGCAUGUAUCUGUCACCUAUGAACCAUUCAUGUAUCUUUCCGUACCACUACCUCAUGCAAUGGAAAGACAACUAUGUGUAACUUACGUACCCCUCGAGACCGAACCUGUUAUUAAAAUUCUCCUGAUACUGAAUAAGCAGGAUAAAGUUCGUCAUCUCAGAGAUGCAAUUAUUGAUUUAAGAUUAAAGGAAGGGCAUGUCCUAGAUGAAGGAGUAACAAUUGUGUUAGCAGAAGUGCUGGAUCACCAUAUUGCCAAAUUUCUUGAUGAUGCAGCCCCUUUGCGGUAUGUCAAUGACACUAAUAGAACAAUUUAUGCAUUGGAAGUGAUUCCUCCUCCUGCCUGGUACAAAACAUCGAAGCCAACCAAUGAGUGUAUGGAAUUGAUAGAUGUUCCAGACCCUCUUGAAGAAUCGGAUCUGCCUGUGCUGGGAUGUGAGCCUCCGCCUUUGGUUGACUCGGAGACAGGAGAAUGUCUAGAUGACAAACUCACUGCAGAUUCAGCUGGUGUUUCUGAUCAUGAGGUGACAUCCAGUGAUGAUGAGGAUCUAGCUGACAAGUCAGGCAGCCCUCCUGCAGGGCUUCCGCCCAACCGUCCAUUUGAACAUCAUUCUACAAUGAGGGUAGAUGUUGUGACUGAUACUUACAAUGGCUGUGACCGUGGUGACGAUUGGAAAAAUUGUGCAAUUUGUUUGGAGGAGAUGAACAAAGAUAUGAGACGGCACGUAGGUUGUGAUUGUGUGCUUUGUGAGGGCUGCAUAGAGAAUGCAUGUAAGCAUCAUGGUAGUACUGAUACAAUGCCAUGCCCAACAUGUAAUCAAAUUGUAAAACCAAAUUUAGAAUUUGUUCGCAUAGAUAAAUUUAUAUCAUCAAAACCUGCUCUUAGGCUUUUAAAUGUACCAGUGGUGUUCCGAUUAGAUACUGGUGGGGAUGGCAAUAAUAACCAGAAAUGUUUAAAGUUAUUCGGUCAUCCUAAUGUUUUGAAGCUGCCAAGUAUAAUGCCUGCCACUGAGCUUGCUUCAAUUAUUAAAAGACUGGUUCAUACUGAUGUCAACUAUUCCAUUGUAACUGUUGAUGGUGUCGGCUAUCACUGUUCGCGUUGCCUAUAUACUAAACACUGCCGCGGAUGCGCCGUUGCCUCUGAAGGAGAGGUGGUGCUCCGUUCAGCAGAUACUUUAGCUAUUCGAUUUACUGAAAGUAUUAGAGAACCUGAAGUAGUGAAUCAUCCUAGCAUGCAAGACAUGAGAAGUCAUGAAUCUCUCUCUUUAUAUGACUGCUUGAAAGCUUUCAGUGAAAGUGAGCUGCUUGAUGAACAGAAUCCUUGGUUUUGCCCUACCUGCCAAAAGAAUCAGUGUGCUACAAAGACACUCUCUGUGUGGAGAUAUCCAGAUUUCCUCAUUGUUUACCUAAAAAGGUUUGUGUUCCAUAAUGGAAUGAGUACAAAGCUUGACAACAAGGUUACAUAUCCUCUCAAUGGACUUUUAGUGAGUGCGACUGGGUCUAAUCAAGAAACCCCCCAUGUUUACAACUUGUAUGCUUGUGUUUGUCAUUAUGGUGGUGUUUCGGCCGGCCACUACACGGCUUAUGCUAAACAUCCUGUAAAUUCUGAGUGGCAUAGUUUUAAUGAUGAGACAGUUAUACAUCAAAAACCUCAAGAUGAAGAUUAUAGUAAUGCAUACAUUCUGUUUUAUCAGAAGCAAGGUGUUGCCUUCCCUGAACUAAAUUUGGAAGAAGCAAUGAAACCCAACAUCGAUCACUUGAUAGAGAGGCUUGACUCCACAAUGGACCAAGAUAUGGGCCAGGAAAUGAGCUAGAGUGUAGCAGGAAUUGGAACUUUGUUACAUUGCACCAUGGCAUAUCAUGAGUGGUUUUCAUAUUAUGGCAAUAGUAUGUUUCCUCUAGUGAAGAUUUUCCUAAUUCUAUUAGGAUAAGGUUGUGUUUUAAACCUUGGUAUACUGUAAUCUCUAAUACUCAAAUCCCUUGCUUUUGUGCUUUCUGAUAUCCAUCAUGUCAUGUUUGGUGAAUAUGCAAUGAAUUUCACAGAAAUGUGUUGUCGCAGUUCUCAGUAUUUUUAUUCCCCUAAAUUACAUCUUUUAUUUCUUUUUUUUUGUUUUGAGGGGGUGGAUUGUCCCAUUUUUAUGAAAUUAGGUUUUAGGCCCUUUGUUUGUUAGGUUCUAUUGCCCAUAGCAUCUAAAUGCUUACAUUCUACAUGUAUGAAUGUUUCCAAUUUGUUCUCCGAGCGCUGUCAAUGAACUUUACAUGAAGGCUGUCCUUCCCAAGUUCAUCAUCUAAGAAUGAACACACAGCUUCUCUUUCAUCCUGAAAGUGAAAUUGAAAUAUGAGAUGUAAUGUGACCUUUGACUUUGGGUAUUUAUAUUUUGCAUAUUGUCAAAUACCAUAAACAUUCAUUCUAUAUUUCAGAAACUUGAAAGUUUUCUUCAAAGAUGGGACUUUUGUCUCUUGUGUGAUAAGUAAAUUUAUGAGCUUACUUUUCUGGAUGUUAAUAAGUGGUAUGUCUUGCCUUGACUCUGUGUUCUCUCUUAUCUGGAAACUGCCAAGUUACCUCUUAAUAUUUUAGUUUGAUUCUACUAUCUUGAUAUUUUGCAUUUGUCUCAAGUGAGAGCUUUACAUGAGUUAUUACUUAUUUUGUAAGUAUUUCUUCAUAGAAAUUGAAGAUUGUUCUCUACCUGCUGUGUUCAUCCAUCCUUUGCACUGAUAGUACAAGUGAUGCUCAAAUUUGCAAUAAUUGAGCAAAACAAAAAGAUGCAAGUUUCUAUCCUGCAUUAUUUGUUGAAUAAAAAGGCAUGUUAGAAUAUAAGAAUAACGUUGAAGUGAAGUUUACUACGAGCUUACUCAGUUGAAUCUGUUUCCCAUUCUGUAGCACCUGAGAGAGAAUGUUUCAAUAAUCCAUUUAUGGGGUUGGUGCAUUUUUAAUCAAAGCUGAAACUCAUUAUUUUCUAUUGUUAUUUUAGUUUGUCUAAUCACAUUUGUUGUAUUAUGUUUGUAUACUUUUUAUUUUGUCUUAUCCCUUAUUUGUAGCAAUCAUAAAUACUAUUUAUGAAUCAUAGGUACAUCCUUGUACCACACAACUUUACAGUGAUACUGUUGUUAAUAAAAUUCAUGUUAAUCAUUUUGUUGAAAUCUU